AUGCAGAGGGACGGAGGAAGUGGCGACAUUUUCCUGGAGAAUCACUACGCAAAGCUCUUCCAGGGCCGCUGGGCGAGUUUGUACGAAUCCCUCAAGAAACCGGUGAAUACAAUCGCACUGAUCCCGCCAUUCUAUAGCGAUGUGCCGGACCAGCAGGAAGCUGUCGAGGUGGGAGGUAUCGUAGAGCAGAUGGAAGGGACAGGGGCUCUCAACGAGGACCCGUCGCUGGCGUUUCUGCCAACUGUGCUACCCUGGUGCUACAGGGUGGCUGACGGGACCGCUCACAACGUCCCAAAUCUGCUCGUAAACAAGACCAUAUUCGAUGCGAAUGGCUACAUCUCACGCUUGAACGAUAAUGUCUACUAUUUAGGUAUGAAGAUGUUUGAUCAAAGAGUAUAG